AUGUCUCUAGAAUAUCGCCAAGUGACGAGUAAGUUCUCGUCUUCCUCGCAGAUCGCCUACGGAGCUACACCCGUCGGACACACCGGAUGCGGACGGGGCGUUGCGCUGGGCUUCUUGCAAGCUACUGGUGACGAUUUGGCCGCAGCAACAACGCUGUCACCAGCAGCAACCAAGUCGUCGGAGACAGUCUACUCACUCAUCCGCUGCCUAUGCUGUGGUUGUUUGGGUACGGCAAGGCGUGGAUUCACGGUGGAUCGGGGAAGGAUUUGUAUGCAUGCGUGCGCGCACUCGGAAAAUCUUGCCCGUCGUCAUGCCUGGCGUCGCUGUGGUGGCAGCAACCAUCUGACCAGGCCAUGGACCUGA